UCACAAAUUCUCUGAUCCAGACCUUAGAGCCCUCUACACACUUUCCCCAGGCCACAUCCUUGGCCCCAGGCUAGACGCGUGUAAUCUUAGGGCCCUGGCUGGAGACACAAGAUGCAAACAGCUCUUCCUUGAUUCCUAAACCUACUGUCCACUUGGGCUCCCUAACUUUCUCUAAACUGGAGGGCACGCCCAAGCCAACCAGAGAAAGGCGAGGAGAAGCCACCCUUAGGCGCUGGCUGUCUCCCUUGGGCUCUGGUUGUCUCUCCUCCCUCCACUGCAGCUCAGACCUGCCGGCACUAACUGACCCCCGGGACGAGCUUCUCCAGUCUUGUCUGUUAACCCUCCCCCUCAGUGCAGGAAGGAAAUAGUUAAAAGCCUCCUGCCCUUGGGGGCCUGGAAGGGGGCGGCAUUUUUGUGCUCCUCCUGCCUUGCUCCCUGGAGGACUGUAGGUUAGGACGCUCCUGCAGUACUAGGAAGUAGAAGGGUCUGGGAGCUGAGGAGGAGGACGCGGCGCGGCGAAGGCAGGCGCGCUCCUCCCGACUUUUCUUUCUCUUGUGAGCCCUCGCGCGCCCAGGCAGCCCUCUGGUCCGGUGGCUGUGCAGAGGCGGUGGGGGAGGCUCCUCCAUCCCAUCCGCCGGUCGCCAGAGCCUGGAGGCUCUGCGAAUCCUCCCAGCAGAAAGCUGCGCUCCUCCGGGAAGUUUUCCAGAGCCGGAUCGGCCGUGCAGCCAGCGCUGCCGCCCCGCCGCCGCCCGGGACACCGGUCACCUCCGCACCGGCUCCCGAGGACCGGGCAGCCGCCUGCGCCCCGCCGAGCUUCACGGUAUAAAAGCAGCAACGUAAGACAUUUCCUCAAAUGUGCAUCAAGAUGGAAACCUUUUGCCUCAGGGCAUCCUUUUGGCUGGCACUGGUGGGAUGUGUAAUCAGCGAUAACCCUGAGAGAUACAGCACGAAUCUAAGCAAUCACGUGGACGACUUCACCACUUUCCAUGGGACAGAGCUCAGCUUCCUGGUUACCACGCAUCGGCCCACUAACCUGGCCCUGCCCAGCAAUGGCUCCAUGCACAAUUACUGCCCACAGCAGACUAAAAUCACUUCAGCUUUCAAAUACAUUAACACUGUGAUAUCUUGUACUAUUUUCAUCGUGGGAAUGGUGGGGAAUGCAACUCUGCUCAGGAUCAUUUACCAGAACAAGUGUAUGAGGAAUGGCCCCAACGCUCUGAUAGCCAGCCUCGCCCUUGGAGACCUUAUCUAUGUGGUCAUUGAUCUCCCUAUCAAUGUAUUUAAGCUGUUGGCUGGACGCUGGCCAUUCGACCACAACGAAUUUGGCGUGUUUCUAUGCAAGCUGUUCCCCUUCCUGCAGAAGUCCUCCGUGGGGAUCACGGUGCUCAAUCUCUGUGCUCUUAGCGUCGACAGAUAUAGAGCUGUCGCCUCCUGGAGUCGUGUUCAAGGAAUUGGGAUUCCCUUGAUCACUGCCAUUGAAAUUGUCUCCAUCUGGAUCCUUUCCUUUAUCCUGGCCAUCCCUGAAGCGAUCGGCUUUGUCAUGGUGCCCUUUGAAUACAAGGGCGCACAGCACAAAACCUGUAUGCUCAAUGCCACAUCCAAGUUCAUGGAGUUCUACCAAGAUGUCAAGGACUGGUGGCUCUUUGGCUUCUACUUCUGCAUGCCCUUGGUAUGCACUGCGAUCUUUUACACCCUCAUGACCUGUGAGAUGUUAAAUCGAAGGAACGGCAGCUUGAGAAUUGCCCUCAGUGAACAUCUGAAACAGCGACGAGAAGUGGCAAAAACUGUGUUCUGCUUGGUUGUAAUUUUUGCCCUUUGCUGGUUCCCUCUUCAUUUAAGUCGCAUUUUGAAGAAAACAGUAUAUGAUGAGAUGGACAAGAACCGGUGUGAAUUACUUAGUUUCUUGCUGCUCAUGGAUUACAUCGGUAUUAACUUGGCAACCAUGAAUUCGUGUAUCAACCCAAUAGCCCUAUAUUUUGUGAGCAAGAAAUUUAAGAAUUGUUUCCAGUCAUGCCUCUGCUGCUGCUGUCACCAGUCCAAAAGUCUGAUGACCUCAGUCCCCAUGAAUGGGACCAGCAUCCAGUGGAAGAACCAUGAACAAAACAACCACCACACGGAGAGGAGCAGCCAUAAGGACAGCAUUAACUAAUAUCAUGAGGAGUGCCGGUCAAUCUGCCUUCGAAUCCCAUUGGAGAAAAUAACCAGCACCCAGACACUGGGUCUCCAGAAAUCUCUGAUCCUUCUUCUGUAACUCAGUUGCACCCCUGUGGGGGCCAGGGUGCUCUCCAGAUGUAUUUCAAGACAGUGGAGGGUGAAAUGUUUAUACCCAAAAAAUCGAUGAAUUUUACUUCUUUAAUUUGUUUAAUUUACAUAGUUCUCAUGUUGUAUACAAGACUAGGAAUGGAGGACUGAGACUGUUAAAUGAAACUAGAAGGAUUUUGCUACUUUUGCAUGGAAAUAGUUUUCAAGUGAAUGGCUGGCUUUCAUGGCAGUUCUGUUGGGAGUUCCAUGAAACUGGUCAUCACAGAAGUUUAGAGAUUAUGACAAGAUGUUGUUUUUUCAGUCCU